AUGCAAGUCCUGUCCCAACUGAGCUCAACAGCCUACUGGAGCUCACACUUCCUUGUGGCAUGCUGGUUACUCGUGAUCCUCCCCUCUGGAACCGUUUGGUCCCUCCAGUUCCCUCUGGGAACGUCAAAUCUCCGCUCUGCUUUCUCCGCCACUCGAACCAGCAGCGUUGUGGGGGGCAAGCAGAGAGCAGUGACCUUCAACAAGCUCAUGGUCAACAUUGGACAGGACUUCAACCCAGACACCGGCCACUUCCGCUGCCGCAUCCCCGGGGCGUAUUAUUUCUCCUUCUCCGUAGGGAAGUUCCCUAAAAAGCUGCUCUCUGUGAUUCUGGUGAAGAACAGGGAGGAGGUGCAGGCCAUGGCUUAUGAUGACUACUGCAGGAUAGGGAGGAAGGUCCAAAGCCAAAGUGUGUUGGUGAGUUUGAAGGAAAUGGACACCGUGUGGCUGCUCAUACAGCAGAACCCCAAGUAUGCUCUGUACAGCAACGCCGGCCCUUACAUCACCUUCUCUGGCUACCUGGUUUACCCAGAAACCCAACCAGCCAGCUACAUCAGCAACCACCUUUCCUCACUGGCACUGCCUCACCCCAACUGCCCCCCUCAGACGGAGCAGCCACGGUCGGCCUUCUCCGUGGCGCGAACAUCCACAUUCCUGGGUCAGAGCAGCAGGCACCAGGACCGGCCACCUUUGACCUUCGACGUGGAAUACGUCAACAUCGGGUCCCACUUCAACAAAACCUCCGGCUUGUUCACGUGUCGCUUCCCCGGCGUGUACUUCUUUGCCUUCACGGUGGGGAAACACCCCCGGAAGGCCCUUUCAGUGAAGCUGAUGACGGGGGGUGGGCAGGUGCAGGCCAUGGUGUUUGAUGAGGACACGUCCAAGAGGCGGGAGAUGCAGAGCCAGAGCCUGAUGCUGCCGCUCAGCGGGGGGGACAAGGUGUGGUUGUACAGUCAACAGGACGAGGGUUACGCCGUUUACAGCAACCAGGGCAGAUACACCACCUUCUCUGGCUUCCUGGUUUAUCCAGGAGCUGACGCGGUGUCCAACACCCAGGACAGAUCUCACCUAUAAAGGACGUUAUCGCUGAUCCAGUCUUUAGAAAGCAGCAGGUUUUGUAGUUAAACUGGG